UCCUGAACUGGGCGGUGAGGGUGAGCUGAAGCUGCUGGAGCAGGACUCAGGGGGGUCAGAAAGAGAGACAGGGAGAUAGACUCAUCUGGGUGUCCCCGGCCGGUGAAGCGCUGCAGGAGGUGCUCAGGGUGGCAAGAAUUGAGACCAAUUGCACGGCACCAUGGAGGAUGGGAAGCCAGUGUGGGCGCCACAUCCGACAGAUGGAUUUCAGUUGGGUAAUAUUGUUGAUAUCGGACCAGAUUCCCUGACUAUUGAGCCCUUAAAUCAAAAGGGAAAGACAUUUUUGGCUGCUAUAAACCAAGUGUUUCCUGCAGAAGAAGACAAAAACAAACAUGUAGAAGACAACUGUUCUUUGAUGUAUUUGAAUGAAGCCACACUCCUUCAUAACGUUAAAGUCCGAUACAGUAAAGAUCAAAUCUAUACUUACGUGGCCAACAUCCUGAUAGCAGUGAAUCCUUAUUUUGAUGUACCAAAACUUUACACAUCUGACUACAUAAAAAAAUAUAAUGGAAGGUCUCUAGGAACGCUACCUCCUCAUGUGUAUGCUAUAGCUGAUAAAGCCUUCCGUGACAUGAAAGUGCUGAAGAUGAGCCAAUCGAUCAUUGUGUCUGGGGAAUCUGGAGCUGGAAAGACAGAAAACACAAAGUUUGUUCUGAGAUAUUUGACAGAGUCUUAUGGAUCUGGGCAAGACAUUGAUGAAAGGAUUGUGGAAGCCAAUCCUCUCUUAGAAGCAUUUGGAAAUGCUAAAACAGUCCGCAAUAACAACAGCAGUCGUUUUGGAAAAUUCGUAGAAAUUCAUUUUAAUGAAAAGAAUUCAGUGGUUGGAGGAUUUGUGUCUCACUAUCUUCUGGAGAAAUCUCGAAUCUGCGUUCAAGGUCAGGAUGAAAGAAAUUACCACAUCUUCUAUCGCCUGUGUGCUGGAGCACCUGAGGACAUCCGAGAAAAACUCUUCUUAAACUCCCCUGACCAUUUUAGGUACCUGAACCGCGGCUGCACAAGGUACUUUGCUACCAAAGAUACUGACAAGCAGAUCCUAAAGAACCGCAAGAGUCCAGAGUACCUCAAACAAGGCUCCCUAAAGGAUCCUCUCUUAGAUGAUCAUGGAGAUUUCAAUCGCAUGUGCGUUGCUAUGAAAAAGAUUGGCUUGGAUGACACGGAAAAGCUUGAUCUUUUCAGAGUGGUUGCCGGUGUCCUGCACCUUGGAAAUAUUGAUUUUGAAGAAGCCGGGAGCACCUCUGGUGGUUGUAACCUGAAAAACCAGUCCAGCAAUUCAUUGCAGUGCUGCUCUAAGCUCCUGGGGCUGGAUGAAGAUGAUCUGCGUGUCAGUUUAACCUCUCGGGUUAUGCUUACAACAGCAGGGGGCACCAAAGGCACAGUGAUCAAGGUUCCAUUAAAAGUGGAACAGGCAAAUAAUGCACGUGAUGCUUUGGCAAAAGCAGUCUACAGUCGCCUAUUUGAUCAUGUGGUUAACCGGGUAAACCAGUGCUUCCCUUUUGAGACUUCAUCUUUCUUUAUUGGCGUUCUAGAUAUUGCUGGUUUUGAGUACUUUGAACACAACAGUUUUGAACAGUUUUGUAUUAACUACUGUAAUGAGAAGCUGCAACAGUUCUUUAAUGAAAGAAUCCUCAAAGAGGAGCAAGAACUUUAUCAAAAAGAAGGCCUUGGUGUCAAUGAAGUGCACUAUGUAGAUAAUCAAGAUUGUAUAGAUUUAAUUGAAGCAAAAUUAGUUGGUAUUCUUGACAUCCUGGAUGAAGAAAACAGACUGCCUCAGCCAAGUGACCAGCACUUCACUUCUGUGGUACAUCAAAAACACAAGGACCACUUCCGCCUCACUAUUCCUAGAAAGUCCAAGCUCACUGUUCACAGGAAUAUCAGAGAUGAUGAGGGCUUUAUUGUUCGGCAUUUCGCAGGAGCCGUGUGCUAUGAAACGAUGCAGUUUGUGGAGAAGAAUAAUGAUGCACUGCAUAUGUCGCUUGAAUCUCUCAUCUGUGAGUCCAAGGAUAAAUUUGUGCGUGAAUUAUUUGAAACUGCCAAUAAUUAUAAAGAUACCAAGCAGAAGACCGGGAAGCUUAGUUUCAUCAGCGUUGGCAACAAGUUCAAGACUCAGUUAAAUUUGCUACUUGAAAAACUUCGCAGCACGGGAUCAAGCUUUAUCCGUUGCAUCAAGCCUAAUUUAAAAAUGACAAGUCAUCAGUUUGAAGGAGCCCAGAUUCUGUCACAGCUGCAAUGUUCAGGGAUGGUGUCAGUUUUAGAUCUAAUGCAGGGAGGAUUCCCAUCAAGAGCCUCAUUUCACGAGCUGUACAAUAUGUACAAGAAGUAUAUGCCUGCAAAAAUGUCUCGACUGGACCCAAGACUUUUCUGCAAGGCUCUGUUCAAAGCCUUGGGCUUAAAUGAAAAUGAUUACAAAUUUGGGUUAACGAAGGUGUUUUUUAGGCCCGGCAAGUUUGCAGAAUUUGAUCAGAUCAUGAAGUCUGAUCCAGAUCAUUUAGCUGAGCUUAUUAAGCGUGUGAAUCGUUGGCUUAUCUGCAGUCGCUGGAAGAAGGUCCAGUGGUGUGCGCUGUCAGUAAUAAAAUUGAAAAACAAAAUUCAAUACAGAGCCUCUGCGUGUGUUAAAAUGCAGAAGACUAUUCGGAUGUGGCUGUGCAAAAGAAAACACAAACCCCGCAUUGACGGUAUGAGGAAAGUACGGACACUAAAGACAAGACUUGAUAAAUUUAAUGAAGUUGUAAAUGCUCUUAAAGAAGGGAAGCAGGAAAUGAGCAAACAAGUGAAAGACCUUGAAUCCUCCAUUGAUUCUCUGCUUUUUAAGAUAAAGAAUACCAUAAUGACCAGAGAUCAGAUUGACAAAGAAUAUGAUGCCUUAGUGAAAAGCUCUGGCCAAAUGCUAAGUGCUCUCCAGAAGAAGAAAAAAGAGGAAGAAGAAGCUGAACGUUUGCGUCGUAUUCAUGAAGAAAUGGAAAGGGAGAGGAAACGAUUAGAGGCUGAGGAGGAACGCCGUAGAAAGGAGGAAAACGACCGUCGAUUAAAAGCAGAGAUUGAGGCAAAGCGAAAACAGGAAGAAGAAGAGAGGAAAAAAAGGGAAGAAGACGAAAAGCGAAUUCAGGCAGAGGUGGAGAUGCAGCUGGCACAAGCACGCGAAGAGGAGUCACAGCAACAGACUAUCCUUGAACAGGAGCGCAGAGAUCGGGAGCUGGCUAUGAGGAUUGCCCAGAGCGAUGCUGAGCUAAUCAAUGAGGAAUCUGGCCAAGAUGCAUCUCUCCGCAGUGAAAAGGCGGAAAGCAUUCAGCCCUCCUCAGUAUAUUCUAAGGCUGGCAGUGAAAAGACCAAAAUGACAAUGGAUGAAAUGGCAAAGGAAAUGUCAGACAUUCUCUCUAGGGGAGUUCAAGUUCAAGCCACGAGAUCUGCUGCAAGCAUCAAAAAGCAUGACUUGAGCAAAUGGAAAUAUGCAGAGCUUAGAGAUGCAAUCAAUACUUCAUGCGAUAUUGAACUGCUGGCAGCCUGUAGGGAGGAGUUUCACCGGCGGCUGAAGGUUUACCAUGCCUGGAAAUCCAAGAAUAAGAAGCGCAACACAGAAACUGAGGAACGUGCUCCUAAAUCCGUCACUGAUUAUGAUUUUGCUCCAUUUAUGAACAACAAACCCCAACAGAACCCUGUUGUGCAGUUACCAGCUAGGCAACAGGAAAUUGAGAUGAACCGGCAGCAGCGUUACUUCCGGAUUCCAUUUAUUCGUCCAGCUGAUCAAUACAAGGAACCUCAGAACAAGAAAAAGGGAUGGUGGUAUGCACAUUUUGAUGGUGAUUGGAUUGCUCGCCAAAUGGAGCUGCAUCCAGACAAGCCACCGAUUUUGCUUGUAGCUGGAAAGGAUGACAUGGAGAUGUGUGAACUUAAUCUUAAUGAAACAGGUUUAACAAGAAAAAGGGGUGCAGAGAUAUUGCCCAGACAAUUUGAAGAGAUUUGGGAGCGCUGUGGAGGAAUCCAGUACCUGAGUAAGGCGAUUGAAAAUAGACAAGCCCGGCCAACAUAUGCAACAGCAAUGCUCCAGAAUGCAACCAAAUAGGUCUUACGUCAAUUACGCAUUCUGAAAGUUAAUACCUUUGUGUUGGCAUAAAGGGAACAACUCUCUGUAUGGGAGAUUCUAGACAUUCCAAGAUUGUGUAAUAGAGAAGUUUUAAUAUAAAGUGAACAGGUUUUAUUAAUUGUGGGGCUUUAAUUCCUUUUGUUGUUUAUCUUUGGUGUAGUAGUGCAAUAGUGAUGUGAACCUAGCAGGCAUUUUAGCCUUAUUUCUGUUUUAUUUAACUUACAUUUUAAAUUGUGAGGCCUUACCUUUCAUAUGUAGUAUCUCCAGUGUGCAAAAAGGCAUUGACACCUCCACCAGACAGCUCACAACCUGUUUUAAGUGAAUGUCAGGUUGUGUGACCUUUGACGUUGUCCCCAUUUACACCAGUUGCAAAUAUGAUCCCUGAUCUUAAAGACAUCCUCUGUCUGGCUACCAUUAUUUUCCUUGUGCCUUAUGAAUGUCUUGUUUAUUGGUAGACUAAUUCAUUUAAAAUAAAAAAUAGAGAGAUUCAAAAAGUUUAAUAAGGUAGUGUAAUACUAUAUAUAAUACUGCAGCGAGAUUUAAAACAAAGUUAUAUUGAAACACUUGACUGAUUUGAUUUGAAAUGACUACAUUCCAGCUGUGUGAAAAGAGGAUUCACAAGAUAAAAGUACGAGACAUGCAUAGUUCCCUUUUUAAAUGGUUCAGUCUCCUGCUGUUUUUUUUUUCUUUUUACUGCACUCUACUGAGCUAUAUGACUAAAUGCAUCAAAAUAAUUUUGAGAGCUGCUAUUUUUCUUUUUUCAAACUACAGCCAAGGUUACAUUUUCACAAGUUAGAAACAGUCUAGUUACUAAUUUUUAGUAUGUGAUAAAACCGCAUGAGAGUCUUGUGUGAUGGGAUUCUGAAUAAUUCCAACAGCUAUGGAUAAUUCUGCUUAUUAUCACAGACACUGAAACAAGCUCAGAAACAAUAGCUGUGCACUUUAAAAAGAGUCAUGGUAGCAAAUAGUUCAUAUUUGUAAUUUUAAUUAAAGCACAUUAUUUAUUUGCAUAUAAUUUUCCUUUAACAUUCUGUAGAUCAAUAAAUAUUGAACAUUUUAGAAGGAAAAAUUAUCACCAUCCAUUUUGAGUGUGUGCAAUUGGUAAUAUUUUGUUUACAUUUAGUCUAGUAGUUGUGUCAUUUUAUUUGUGCUUGUUUCUGGAGGGUGCUGAAAUGCAAUUAGUACUUUCUUUAAAUUAUAAAAUCAACCAUAGGUUACUCCAGUCUUUUUUAGGUGACAGGUCCCUUUAUAUAUCAGAAGACUGCAAAAUAUGCACAUUACAUUUUUCUCUAAAAACUGUGCAGUAUAGUAAUUUAGAUUUGUGAUCUUGGUGUUAAUGUCCACUAUAACCAUUUAUUUCUGACUUUAACAAAUAGAAAGUAAAUUUGCAUUUGAAAAUAGUCUAAUAAAACAAGACCUAUAACUACUGUUUGUUAACUUUUAUACACACAAUUGCACACCUCGUUUGGAAAUGGUAAGAUAAAUAGCUAUCAAUUAUAAUACAAAUUGAACUGGUCUGUACAACUGUUUAUUUUGUGUCAUCUCCUAAAUCCUCAUCUUUCAAAGCAUUUCUUUUAAAACUUGAUCUAAAUUGUAUAUUUUUUAUUUAUGUUUUACCGGGAAGUACCUCUUAUAAAUGUACUGCAUUGUUAGAAAAUAAAAACAUUCCCCAGUUAA